AUGUCUCUUCCCAGCGACUUCGUUUGGGGCUUUGCCACCGCUUCAUACCAGAUUGAGGGUGCCGCCGAGAAGGACGGCCGUGGCCCUUCCAUCUGGGACACCUUCAGCGCCAUUCCCGGCAAGAUCGCCGACGGAAGCUCCGGCGCCGUCGCCUGCGACUCGUACAACCGCACCGCUGAGGACAUUGCUCUGCUCAAGUCCGUCGGCGCCAACACCUACCGCUUCUCUCUUGCCUGGUCCAGGAUCAUUCCAGUCGGCGGCCGCAACGACCCCAUCAACCAGGCCGGCAUCGAUCACUACGUCAAGUUCGUCGACGACCUCCUCGACGCCGGCAUCACCCCCUUCAUCACCCUCUUCCACUGGGACCUCCCCGAUGGCCUCGACAAGCGCUACGGCGGCCUCCUGAACCGCGAAGAGUUCCCCCUCGACUUCGAGCACUACGCCCGCGUCGUCUUCAAGGCUAUCCCCAAGUGCAAGAACUGGAUCACCUUCAACGAGCCCUGGUGCUCCUCCAUCCUCGGCUACAGCUCCGGCUUCUUCGCCCCCGGCCACACCUCAGACCGCACCAAGUCCCCCGUCGGCGACUCGGCCCGCGAGCCCUGGAUCGUCGGGCACAACCUCCUCGUCGCCCACGGCCGCGCCGUCAAGGUCUACCGCGACGAGUUCAAGCCCACCGACGGUGGCCAGAUCGGCAUCACCCUCAACGGCGACGCCACCUACCCCUGGGACCCCGAGGACCCCGAGGACGUCGAGGCCUCGGACCGCAAGAUCGAGUUCGCCAUCUCCUGGUUCGCCGACCCCAUCUACUUCGGCAAGUACCCCGAUUCCAUGCGCAAGCAGCUCGGCGACCGCCUGCCCGAGUUCACCCCCGAGGAGCUCGCUUUGGUCAAGGGUUCCAACGACUUUUACGGCAUGAACCACUACACCGCCAACUACAUCAAGCACAAGUCCACCCCGCCCGAGGAGGACGACUUCCUCGGCAACCUCGAGACUCUCUUCGAGUCCAAGAACGGCGACAACAUCGGCCCCGAGACCCAGUCCUUCUGGCUGCGCCCCAACCCUCAGGGCUUCCGCAACCUCCUCGUCUGGCUCUCCAAGCGCUACAACUACCCGACCAUCUACGUCACCGAGAACGGUACCUCCCUCAAGGGCGAGAACGACAUGCCCCUCGAGCAGAUCCUCGAGGACGACUUCCGCGUCAAGUACUUUGACGACUACGUCAGGGCCAUGGCCGACGCCUCCGAGAAGGACGGCGUCAACGUCAAGGGCUACAUGGCCUGGUCCCUCAUGGACAACUUCGAGUGGGCCGAGGGCUACGAGACCCGCUUCGGCGUCACCUUUGUCGACUAUGAGAACGACCAGAAGAGAUACCCCAAGAAGAGCGCCAAGAGCCUCAAGCCCCUCUUCGACAGCCUCAUCAAGAAGGAGUGA